ACUCGGGCCCGCUUCAGGCGCUGGGAGUUCAGACGCUGCUCCAGGCACUUCCUCGGGAAGCCUUGGUGGGGCUUUGGGGUCUCUGGUCUGUGGAGCUUCCAGAGUUUCCUUCCUGAUGCAUCUGUGCUCACGUUUUUAGCCACCCUGACCUGGUCCCAGCCAGACACUCAUGGUGACCCCCCCUCCCCUCGCCAUGGCCACGCCGUGGUGGCAGUUGGGACCAAGCUCUUCAUCCACGGGGGUUUGGCUGGAGAUGUUUUUUACAACGACCUGUUCUGCAUCGACACAAGUGACAUGAGGUGGGUGAAGGUCCCGGCCACUGGUGACGUCCCCGGGGGACGAGCAUCCCACUCCUCGGCAGCGUUCAGGGAGCACGUGUACAUUUUUGGUGGAAUAGGCCCAGAAGGGACCCUGGACACCACCUACAAGUAUCACACAGGGAGGCAGCAGUGGACACUCCUGCAGUUUGAGUCCCCCAUGCCUGCUGGGAGGCUGGACCAUGCCAUGUGUGUCAUUCCCUGGCAGGCUGGGACCCAGGGGGACAGGGGAGCCACCACAGCUGGGACAGAGCCACCUGUGCCAGCGGGGGACAGUGCUGGGCCCCUCCAGCAGGGCCAGGGCAGCACUGAAGACACGGUUGUGCAUCUGCUGUUGGUGUUUGGGGGGAUGGACACGCAGGGGCAGCUGCAUGGGGACUGCCUGGUCACCCUCCUGGAGUAGUGGGGCUGUGCCCCCACAGCACCAGCAUUUCCUACAGC